GAUACGCAGCCACAUCUAUAAGGUGUGACCAGCAGCAAAUUAGGAAGUGCGUAACAGAUUGUUAUCGAUAAAUGACAUUUGCUAGCAGAAUAGCAAUAACAACAAACAACACCGGCGAAAACGUAAAGCUAUUUUUGUUUUAUAUUUAUUUUGCUCACACAUUUCAAACGUUUUUAAAAAUCAUGCGCAUUUUAACAAGAUCAAUAAAAGCGAAAAUUCUGCAGCUCAACAGCUUGCUGGUCGGCAAGGUCCACUGCCGGCAAUUGGCCAAUUUGGCAAUCAUUGCGAAUCCUAAACAACAACAAAUGCAACUUCAAAUACAACGCAAAGAAUUCUGUCAUUGCAGCAGCAGCAAUAUGGUGAAAUAUUUAAACCAAAGCGAGGCUAUAAAUGUGGACGUGGAUCUCUUCAACGAGUACAAAUUCAGUGUGGAUCAGCUGAUGGAGCUAGCCGGUCUCAGCUGUGCGCAUGCAAUCUCUAAGUGCUUUCCAGCUGAUCGCUUUGGCCGCGUCCUCGUCUGUUGUGGACCCGGUAACAAUGGAGGUGAUGGCCUCGUCUGUGCUCGUCAUUUGUCGCUCAUGGGCUACAAACCAGUCAUUUACUAUCCCAAGCCUACGCCAAAGCAGCUCUAUGAGAACCUGGCCUAUCAGUGCCAGCGCAUGGACAUCUGCAGUAUUGCAGAAUGUCCCAGCUUAGAGACAGCUGGAGACAGUUACGAUUUAAUUGUGGAUGCCCUCUUUGGGUUUAGUUUUAAGCCACCCGUGCGACCGGACUUUGUGCCCGUUGUGGAGCUGCUGCAGCAGACCAAAUUACCCAUAGCCAGCAUCGACAUUCCCAGUGGCUGGGAUGUGGAGCAGGGCAAGCUUAACGAUUGUGAUCUAGAGCCAACGCUACUCAUCUCGCUGACGGCACCGAAACUCUGCGCCAAACACUUUAAAGGCAAACAUCAUUAUUUGGGAGGUCGCUUUGUGCCGCCAUCGCUUCAGCAAAAGUACGAACUUAAUCUACCCGAUUAUCCUGGCAAUGAGCUCUGCGUCGAGCUGUGAUUAACGAUCCAAAAUCGAUGGCUUUUCUUUUUUAAAUAAAAUUCCUCCUAUCAAUUAUAAUCUUAUAAGAUAAUGAUUUGAAACGUUUGUCUUACAAAUUGAAGGUUAAUUUUAAGCAGGGCGUGUAUAUAGUGAUUUUUUUGUUAAUAAAAACAAAACAGAGUAUCUUUUUCGGACAAUCCUGAUUUUAAA